CUUGUUCGCUGUUGCCCCAGAAGGCUAGAAGCCCAGGCGCCGACAGCGGGCAUGGCGACUUGGUCCCAGCCGGACUCGGGUUUCUCUGGAAACCCCCCUGGUAAGUGUGGAGGAGGCGGGACACUCUGACCCAAGACAAAAGGCCUGUAGCUCCAGCCAAAGAAAAUAAACCUUAGGGAGAAAGAAAAAAAAAAAAGUCCAUCAGCUGUUCCUGAGAACAGCCUGCAGUGGAAUCCACAGAGAGGACAACUGACGUUGAGUGAGGAAGUGACUGUAUGUGGACUGUGGAGACACAAUGCUUUCUCUGAAGAAAUACUUAACGGAAGGACUCCUCCAGUUCACCAUUCUGCUGAGUUUGAUUGGGGUGCGGGUGGACGUGGAUACUUACCUGACCUCACAGCUCCCCCCGCUCCGGGAGAUCAUCCUGGGGCCCAGUUCUGCCUAUACUCAGACCCAGUUCCACAACCUGAGGAACACCUUGGAUGGCUAUGGUGUGCACCCCAAGAGCAUAGACCUGGACAAUUACUUCACGGCCCGGCGGCUCCUGAGUCAGGUGAGGGCCCUGGACAGGUUCCAGGUGCCUACCACUGAGGUAAACGCCUGGCUGGUCCACCGGGAUCCAGACGGGUCCGUCUCUGGCAGCCAGCCCAGCUCAGGCCUUACCCUCGAGAGUUCCAGUGGCCUCCAAGAUGUGACAGGCCCAGACAACGGGGUGCGAGAAAGCGAAACGGAGCAGGGAUUCAGUGAAGAUUUGGAGGAUUUGGGAGCCGUAGCCCCUCCUGUCAGUGGAGACCUAACCAAAGAGGACAUAGAUCUUAUUGACAUCCUUUGGCGACAGGAUAUUGACCUGGGGGCUGGGCGUGAGAUUUUUGACUAUAGUCAUCGCCAGAAGGAGCAGGAUGUGGACAAGGACCCGCAGGACGGAGCGGAGCAGGAAGACACCUGGUCAGGCGAGGGUGCAGAAGCUCUGGCACGAAACCUGCUAGUGGAUGGAGAAACGGGGGAGAGCUUCCCUGCACAGGUGCCUGGUGGGGAGGACCAGACGGCCCUGUCCCUGGAAGAGUGCCUUAGGCUGCUGGAGGCCACCUGCCCCUUUGGGGAGAAUGCUGAGUUUCCAGCAGACAUUUCCAGCAUCACAGAAGCAGUGCCUAGUGAGAGUGAGCCCCCAGGUCUUCAGAACAACCUCUUGUCUCCUUUGCUGACGGGGACAGACUCGCCUUUUGAUUUGGAGCAGCAGUGGCAAGAUCUCAUGUCCAUCAUGGAAAUGCAGGCCAUGGAAGUGAACACCUCAACAAACGAGGUCCUGUACAGCGCCCCUCCUGGAGACCCCCUGAGCACCAGCUACAGCCUUGCCCCCAGCACUCCCAUCAAUCAGAACGUCAGCCUGCAUCAGGCGUCCCUGGGGGGCUGCAGUCAGGACUUCUCGCUCUUCAGUCCCGAGGUGGAGAGCCUGCCCGUGGCCAGCAGCUCCACGCUGCUCCCGCUGGUCCCCAGCAAUUCCACCAGCCUCAACUCCACCUUUGGCUCCACCAACCUGGCGGGGCUCUUCUUCCCGCCCCAGCUCAACGGCACAGCCAACGACACGGCGGGCCCCGAGCUGCCUGACCCGCUGGGGGGCCUGUUAGACGAGGCCAUGCUGGACGAGAUCAGCCUGAUGGACCUGGCCAUCGAAGAGGGCUUUAACCCCGUGCAGGCCUCCCAGCUCGAAGAGGAGUUCGACUCUGACUCAGGCCUCUCCUUGGACUCCAGCCAUAGCCCUUCCUCCCUGAGCAGCUCAGAAGGCAGCUCUUCGUCCUCCUCCUCGUCCUCCUCCUCCUCUUCGUCCUCCUCCUCGUCCUCCUCCUCGUCCUCCGCUUCUUCCUCCUUUUCUGAGGAGGGUGCUGUUGGCUACAGCUCUGACUCUGAGACCCUGGAUCUGGAAGAGGCCGAGGGCGCCGUGGGUUACCAGCCCGAGUAUUCCAAGUUCUGCCGCAUGAGCUACCAGGAUCCGUCUCAGCUCUCCUGCCUGCCCUACUUGGAGCACGUGGGCCACAACCACACGUACAACAUGGCUCCCAGCGCCCUCGACUCGGCCGACCUGCCGCCCCCCAGCGCCCUCAAGAAAGGCAGCAAGGAGAAGCAGGCCGACUUCCUAGACAAGCAGCUGAGCCGGGACGAGCAUCGAGCCAGAGCCAUGAAGAUCCCCUUCACCAACGACAAGAUCAUCAACCUGCCCGUGGAGGAGUUCAACGAGCUGCUGUCCAAGUACCAGCUGAGCGAGGCCCAGCUGAGCCUCAUCCGCGACAUCCGGCGCCGGGGCAAGAACAAGAUGGCCGCCCAGAACUGCCGCAAGCGCAAGCUGGACACCAUCCUGAACCUGGAGCGGGACGUGGAGGACCUGCAGCGCGAUAAGGCUCGCCUGCUGCGGGAGAAGGUCGAGUUCCUCCGCUCCCUGCGGCAGAUGAAGCAGAAGGUCCAGAGCCUGUACCAGGAGGUGUUUGGGCGGCUGCGGGAUGAGAACGGGCGGCCCUACUCGCCCAGCCAGUACGCACUCCAGUACGCCGGGGACGGCAGCGUCCUCCUCAUCCCCCGCACCCUGGCUGACCAGCAGGCCCGGCGACAGGAGAGGAAGCCAAAGGACCGGAGAAAGUGAGCCCGGGAGGAGAGGGGGGUUGACGCUCAUCGGGAUGGAAACUGAAGGGCUGGGCCUGGACCUGGACCUGGACCUACAGCGGGGACUUUAAUGCCUUCUUAUCCAACAGAUCUUCUCAGACGGGAGAAACUGCGGGUCAGUGGACAGGAAGAGGAGGGCGCAGGCGCUGUCUGGCUCCGCUCCCCCCAGUGGGGGUGGGGUGGGGCAGAGGUGGCCAGACCGUUUGGGUGGACAGGGUCCUCCGCCUGCUGUUUCCUUUGAGGGAGGGGGUGGUGCCGGCCUCGCUGGAGGCCGACCGAGGUGAAGCGGGAGGACCGUGAGAGGAAAGUCGUAGCAAGUGGCAUUCCUGGAAGGAAGGAAGGAGGGGUGGAAAGGGGUAAAACGAAAAAACAAACCCAAAAAAAUCAAAGCGGGAAGAAAAUCAAAGGGCACGUUAAGGUCGGCUCUGGCCAGGAGUCCAGGCAGCGGGAUUGAGGUGGGACGAAGCCACAGGCACCAGUACGGCCCACUGCACCCCACGGGAGGGUGGAGCACAAGGUGGGAUCUGGGAGGGGCUCUGUAGGCUCCUGCGGCUCCUGCCCUGUGGCGGCCCUGAAGGGGAGCCCUCGGAGGUCUCCUGGAAUGUUCCUAGUCGUAGGGGAGCCACUGGGACCCAACGCUGGCUUAGGAGGUUUGGGUCCAAGAGUAGAGUGAAUGGGAAAGGGUCACGAGGCCCCAGUGUCGCAGCAGCCCCAGCACCAAGCAUGUCACUCACUGCCCCGCCACUCCAUCCAUCUCCCUCGGUGCCCAGACCCCCCCCCCCCCCCAGGAGCUGAGGUGCCCACAGUUUCCAUCAGAGCCUGCAUGCGAAUGCUCUUCUCUUCCCGCCCCUCCCCGCUGCCCGGAGCUCUUCUGCAGCUGGGGUGCCGGCGGUGCCCCCGGCACAGAGCCUUCGCCUCCUGGGGGCCGCCCUGCGGAGGGGGGGACGGUGUGGAGAAGCCAGGCAGUAUUCAGCACAACACUGGGGGGCGACCCUUCCCUCAGGUCUCCUCUGCCAACAACUGGGCAUGUCACUGGAAGACAAACCACAAAACCCAGCAACAAAAACUAGUCCUCUUAGAAUUUCUUGCGCUUUGAUUUUUUUUAGGGCUUGAGCCCUGUGUCACUUAUAGGGUGUAGGAUGCUUGUGUUGAGUAAAAAGGAGAUAACCCCAAUAUUCAAAGCUGCUAAAUGUUCUCUUUGCCAUAAAGACUCCGUGUAACUGUGUGAACACUUGGGAUUUUUCUCCUCUGUCCCGAGGUCUCCGUCUGCUUUUUUUUUUUUUUUUGGUUUCUUUCUAGAAU